AUGACGACUAAGACCAUCCAUGGGAACUCGCAAUUCCAGAAGCCCUCCUCUUUACGCUGGACGUGGGAGUCACCCGGUGGAGGGUACCGUAAUGAAAUAGACCACAUCAUCGUCAAUAAAAGGUUCUGCCUGACGGACGUCGGUGUUGUACCAAAGUUCUAUACGGGAUCGGACCAUCGCCUCCUCCGAGGAAGAUUUUCCUUCACAAGGAGAGCAGAGAAAGCCGCCAAGUUCAGAGAGAGAAAUCCCAGGACCACCAUCAACUGGGAUCUCUUCGCUACGCUAGCCGGCUUUUGGGAAGAUUCCGCAAUGGACAACAUCGACGAGGAAUAUGACCGGCUUGUCGAACACCUUCACGACUGCGCGAAGAAGGCUGAGAGUCUUAAAACCACCAAGAGGCGCCUGUCUCUUCAAACUCUUGAGCUGAUACGCCAGCGUGGAGCAGCACGAGCCGCAGAGAACCAAGAACUCACGUCCGAGCUCGCAAGGCUUUGCCGAGAGGCGAUAAAGGAAGACCUUAAAGAGAGAAGAGCAGAAGUGCUGGCUGAAGCUGCAGAGGCGGGGAGAAGCAUCCGCUAUGCCCGUCGAGACUUCGCCAGUCGCAAGACAAGGAUGAGUGCUCUCCGGAACCCGAAGGGAACAACCAUUGCAUCGAGAAGGGGGAUGGAGAAAAUCAUCUACGACUUCUACUCUGAUCUCUUCGACAGCCAUGUCCACUUGCCUCCUCACCAUCUGAGGGAAGAUGGACAGGUCAUUCCAGAGGUUCUCCCGUCCGAAACACGACAUGCUAUCAUGUCGGUAAGAAAUCGUACGGCACCCGGUCCCGACAGAAUAAGACCAGAACACCUGAAGAGCCUUCCGCCAGUACUAAUCAACACCCUGGCGAGGCUCUUUACACGUUAUCUGUCGGAAUGCAAGGUUCCUAAACAGUGGAAGACCAGCAAGACCGUGUUGUUGUAUAAAGAGGGAGAUCCACAUGACAUCGGCAACUAUCGCCCAAUCUGCCUACUGUCCGUCAUCUACAAGCUCUUUACAAGAGUAAUCCUUAAUAGAAUUGAAAAAGUCUUGGAUGAAGGACAGCCAUGCGAGCAAGCAGGGUUUCGAAAAGGAUUCAGCACGAUUGAUCACAUUCACACUGUUUCGAAACUCAUCGAGGUAUCACGAGAGUACAAGAUGCCGCUCUGUCUCCCCUUCAUCGACUUGAAAAAGGCCUUCGACUCAGUUGAGACGGAAGCGGUCGUGGAAGCCUUGGACAACCAAAGCGUCCCUACUCAGUACAUAAAGGUACUUCGAGAGUUGUACAGUAACUUCACGACCGGAAUUUCGCCAUUCUACAAGAACAUCAUCAUUGACGUGAAGAGGGGGGUCCGACAGGGUGAUACAAUUUCACCCAAAAUACUCACAGCCACCCUCGAGAACGCAAUGCGAAAGUUGGAAUGGGACGACAUGGGAGUGAAGGUUGAUGGUCGGCAGCUACAUCAUUUGCGCUUUGCUGAUGACAUCGUACUGGUAACACCUAGCAUCAGCCAAGCGGAACGAAUGCUGACCGAAUUCGACGAAACAUGUGGAUGUAUCGGUCUUCAGCUGAAUCUACAAAAGACGAUGUUCAUGCGGAACGGAUGGGUCUCGGAUGCCCCAUUCACGCUCAACGGAACGAACAUAUCCGAAUGCACCAGCUACGUUUAUCUGGGUCGGGAACUGAACAUGAUGAACGACCUGACCCCCGAGCUGGGCAGGAGGAAACGAGCGGCUUGGGGAGCGUAG